AGAUUCGAAGUGGUCCUACUAAAAAGCUCCUGGGAAAAGAAAAAGCGCCCUGAGAAGGAAAAUUAGCGCCGGGAGAAAAAAAAGUUGUACAUUCACAUGAAAAAGAGGUAGAAGAUUUCGUCACAAUCAAUGGCAAACACCGUUAACCGAGACACGUAAGAACACAAACCAUGCAGACUGACACACUUCAUGAAUGUGAUGUUUGUGGACGAGAAUUCAGUAAAAGUGAUGAUUUCAAGAGACAUAUUAGAACACAUGCUGGUGAAAAACCUCAUGACUGUGCUGUUUGUCCUAGAGAAUUUGGUCAAAGUAGUGACUUGAAGAGACAUGUGAAAACACACACUGGCAAAAAUCUUCACAAAUGUGAUGUAUGUGGCAGAGAAUUAAGUAAAAGUAAAGACUUAAAGAGACACUUGAGAAUACAUACAGGUGAUAAACCGUAUGUCUGUGAUGUAUGUGGUAAAAGUUUUAUUCGGUCUGAUAGUUUACAAACACAUAUGAGAAUACAUACAGGUGAUAAACCUCAUAACUGUGAUGUAUGUGGUAAACGGUUUAUUGAACAUGGUAAUUUACAGAGACACUCGAAAACACAUACAGGUGAUAAACCUCAUAAAUGUAAAGUGUGUGGUAAAAGGUUUAGUCAGCUUGGUAAUUUAAACAGACACAUGAGUACACAUACAGGGGAUAAACCUCAUGAAUGUGAUAUAUGUGGUAAGGGGUUUAGUCAGUAUAGUGAUUUACAGAGACAUAUAAGAAUGCAUACAGGCGAUAAACCUCACGACUGUGAUGUGUGUUGCAAAGAGUUUACACAUCCUAGUAAUUUAAAACGUCACAUGUUAAUACAUACAGGCGACAAACCUUAUGACUGUGAUGCAUGUGGUAAAGGGUUUAGGCAGCAUAGUGAUUUAAAGAGACAUAUAAAGAGAAUACAUACAGGUGAUAAACCACAUGACUAAUGUAUGUUGCCAAAAAUUUACACUUCCUAGUAAUUUAAAACGUCACAUGAUAAUUUUUUAUACAUACAGGUGAUAAACCUCAUUAGUGUGAUGUAUAGGUGGUAAAGUGUUUAGUCGGCUUGCUUAUUUACAAAAACACAUUCUAACACAUUCAGAUGAACAACUUCAUGACUGAUGUAUAUGGGAGAGACACAUUAGUAAGUCACAACGUCUCAUGAAAACACGUACAGGAGAUAAAACUCAUAAGAUAACUGUGAUGUCUGUGGUAAACGAUUUAGUCGGCUUCGGAAUGUCUAGAAUCACAUGUGAACACAUAUGGGAGAUACACCUUAAUUUCUGUGAUGUUUGUGGUAAACGAUCUAGUCAGCUUUGGAAUUUCCAGAAUCACAUAAGGACA